CAGCAGGACGAUCAGUCGUGCUGCGGCAGACGUGCUGCUGGAUCCGAGAAAGCGAGACCGCUGCGGGACACUUUUUGGAAACCUCCAUCGCAACCCUACACUCGAUUGGACUUGCACGGGAGUCCGCUUAACUUUUGGUCCGCUAUGGAUCGUCUACCAGCGCGGACCAGACGGCGCGUCUUGGCACCAAAACGGUCGUGAUUGUCAUCCGCUGGAUCGGAACAGGAGAGCUCGAACUUUUGGUUGUUUUCCCUUGUUGGCGUUCUGCACGUUGGUGACUACAUGUGAGCGCCACUGGGGACCAAGGUCAACUUUUAUCGCUCAUGGGGUGACCCACGUAAGCGCUCCUGAGACGUGAGUGCGGGACAGGCGUUCUCCCUCCCAGCAACCCUCUUGCGUCACCUUCCCGUCUUUGCUGUGAAGCCGCCGCGGUGUGCCAGCUGACCGCCAUGAGGAGCAGAUACUCCCAGUACUACAAUCGGACUCUGAUCCCUUACCACUACGUGUUCGCCAAGAACAUGACCCUCGAGGACCUGGACAAGCGCUACGAGGACAAGAAGUUGCUGACGGACCCCAGCAUCAUCAUCGUGGUGCUGUGCACCAUCAUCAUCCUGGAGAACCUGCUGGUGCUCAUCGCCGUGUGCCGCAACAAGAAGUUCCACUCGGCCAUGUUCUUCUUCAUUGGCAACCUGGCCUUCUCCGACCUCCUGGCCGGCUCGGCUUACAUCGCCAACAUUUUCCUGUCGGGCUCGCGGACCUUCGACCUGGUGCCCGUGCAGUGGUUCAUCCGCGAGGGCACGGCGUUCAUCGCCCUGGCCGCGUCGGUCUUCAGCCUCUUGGCCAUCGCCAUCGAGCGCUACAUCGCCAUCACCAAGGUCAAAGUGUACGGCUCCACCAAGACGUGCCGCAUGUUCCUGCUCAUCGGCGCCUGCUGGGUGACGUCCAUCCUGCUCGGCGGUCUCCCCAUCAUGGGAUGGAACUGCAUCGACAACCUCCCCCAGUGCUCCGCCGUGCUGCCGCUCUACUCCAAGAAGUACAUCCUCUUCGUGGUGACCAUUUUCAGCCUCAUCCUGCUCUCCAUCGUCAUCCUCUACGUGAAGAUCUACUUGAUCGUGCGCUCCAGCCACCAGGAAGCCACAAACUCCCCCGCUUACGCCCUCUUGAAAACGGUCACCAUCGUGCUCGGCGUCUUCAUCAUGUGCUGGCUGCCCGCCUUCACCAUCCUCCUCCUGGAUUCCUCGUGCACCAUCCAGUACUGCCCCAUCCUCCACAAAGCCAACAUCUUCUUCGGCUUCGCCACGCUUAACUCGGCGCUCAACCCGGUCAUCUACACGCUGCGCAGCAAGGAUAUGCGCAAGGAGUUCCUGCGCGUGCUCUGCUGCUGGGGGGUGCUGCAGAGCGGGAGGCCCGCCGAGCGCUGCCUGGUGCCGCUCAAGAGCUCCAGCUCUCUGGAGCACUGCACGCACAAACACGAACACCAGACCACGCCCAUCAUGCAGAACUGCACCACUUGCGUGUGACGGCGGCGAAGAGAAAUCGCACCAGCUCGCAAUCAAACCGUGCCCGUGUUGGGAUGCGAGGCCACUUUUGAACACCGACAAGAAACUCCACUUUGGGGUGCUUGGGAAAUGUGAAACUGUUCAUGGGUACUCUGGUGAAAUCAUAUGGAGUCAUUUUAAUGUAUGCUAGACUGGAUUUACACUGCAUGGUGUGACACAAUUCUGUUUGUUUUUUUUUGGGGGGUGGGGGGGUUGCCCUCAAGUGGUAUAAUUGGGAUUUCAAAUGAAUCAGUCAGGCCAUAAACGCUAUGUCACGUUUAAUAUUUGUACUAUUUAUCGGCCAUGAUUUAGUUCCAUGAUUUGUGUUAUUUCUGUGCAAUUCGGGCACGCAGGCGUUCUGUCAGCCAUACGGGAUCUGUGUCACUAGACAUGUCUGUACAUUAAAAAUCGGAAUUGAGCACUUGGACCUGCAGUGUAAAUCCAGCCUUGGGAAGCCCAAAAAAAAAAAAAAACCAAAAGGAGCGUCUGCAACGCAAAGCUUUGAGCGUUGCACUUUGUAGCUUGUAGGGCGAGCUCCUGACACCCGACGUCCUGGCGAAAUGAAUGCAAAGUCAGAAUCUUGACGAGGCUAUGAUUGUAACACGAACCAAACCAUUGCUACUCCUCUGCAUUGUGUUGUAUUUGAUGAAGAUGACUCCUGUUCGUUUAAAAAAAAAAAAAAAAAAAAAAAAUCCGAAACGAGGAGUUGAAUACAAAACAUAUUAGGCCUUCAUAUUUAGAAACCAUCAGCUCAUAGCAGGGCUAUAUAGUCCCGAUAUAACCUUACUUAAAAUCCAUUUGAGUAACCAUAAUCUGUUUUCUUGUAAUGCAUGGAAGUGUAGCUCAUUACAUGUGUAUGGUGUAUUCCAGUUUCCACCACUAACCCCCCUUUUUCUAUUUUUCCCAGUGCCUUUUUUUUUUUUUUAAGUGCUCAUCUUGUGUAUGUAUCUUAACGGUUUCCUUUAAGGGAAAGCACAUUUUCUCCAGUGGUUCACUUUUGACUGGUUAUUUGUCCUGACAGUGUUGUUUAGCAACGUCUCUGUUUGUGCCAUCAAACUUGGCUGAAUGUAUGCAUGAAGAAGAAGAUGAAGAAGAAGAAGAAGAGGUUUCGGGGCAGAGGGUCCCGUGGUCGACAGUAUUACUGCUCAUCCCGACUCACUGUGAAGUCUUAAAACAAAAGAAAAGAGCAUCCUGGUUUGGUUGUCUGCCAUAUGCCUCGUGUGCAACUCGAGCUUAUUGGGAUCAGAUCUGGUUUCAAACACCCGACCGAGCCUGGGGAGGUUAGCAUCAUCCUCAUUCUUGACAACUUCCUGCCGCCGUAGGAAGUCCUGUUGUGUUGGUUUAUUCGUGCUGUCCGGUUCCUGUUUGUUCAGGAUUAUACUCCCAUUCUUCCCGUGUGUUUUAUUUUUAAUACGAAAGAAUUUGAAAGAAAAAAAAAAAAGUGUUUAUAAAUCACAUUCAUUCACACUCACACAGUCCAGCAGAAAUGGUGAAAAGCACUUUGGCAGCUUCAGUGAUGUCUUUUUUUUUU